AUGAUCGAGUGGCAGGCGAGAAAAUCGCCCAUCGAUGUAAAUUUGCUCCGAGAAGGACUACAGUCAGAAUGUCUCCAGACACCUGGAUACUUGCCGGACUAUCAAAAUGCAGACAAGGCAGGUAGCGAAAGCGAGGGAAAUCACCAACUGUCUUUCAGUGGGGAGAUGGAGGCUGCUCUACGUAUUAUCCCCGCGAAACCCUACGCAGAUAUCCUUAUAGAACACUUUCUCGACAACACGAAUUAUCAAUACUAUGCUUUAUACCCUCCCGCUUUCAUGCAUGACUAUUCUAUCUGGUGGUCAAGAAGAACAAAUGGUCUGCCACUUACUGCAGAGUUCACUUGCUUGUUAAUACGAGUCUGCGUGUGCUCUUUGUCUUACAUUGAGGAAGGCCUACGGCAAAAACUGGGAUCCGAGUUAGGAGAAAACCUGGACCACCUUUCCGUGCGCUAUCACAAUACGGCCAAGCAACUCAGCAGUACCAUCGGCCCAGGCAGAGGGGGUAUGACGCAGAUACAACAAUUAUUUCUUACAGCACAGUGGUAUAAAACAGAAGCAUUGUUUGUGGAGUCAUGGCAUGCCCUAAGCGUUGCAAUCCACGAGGCACAGGAACAAGGCAUGCAUAAGGAUUCUUCGAGCAGCAAGCUCUCGGACUUUGACCGAGAGAUGAGGAGACGGCUUUGGUGCAUACUGUACGCCUGGGACUGGCAAAUGUCUCUACUGCUCUCUCGUCCAUUCAUAAUCAACAGCAGCUGCUGCGCCUUUGAGAUGCCGACGAUGCAGCUGGAAAGCGGCGACUCAAAGUCAGAAACUCCUUCCCCUAUGGCCCAUAUGGUCCUUCAAUGCCAACUUGGCCUGGCAAUAUCGAAGAUACCGGGUGUAAUGAAAGGGGAGCUGUCUGCAACCCAUGCGAUAUCUAUUCAAGAACAGACCGAGAAGUGGUUCGACAGUUUUCCUCCUGCUUACUCGAUCUUAAAUACGAAUACUCAAUGGGACAGUAAGUUUCAUUUUGUCAAACUGCAACGUCUUCAGCUUCACGUCAUUGGGUACAUGAUGCUCUUAAUGCCACUCAAGGAAUGCCUCACAAAACAAUUCGGCGCGCACAGCUCUAGCAUAGAAAAGGGUCUCCAGAGAACUGCAGCCGAGAACGCAUUAAAGCUGCUCGCAGCUUGUGAUGAGUUGUUCAGACAUACAUUCCCGUUGAACGCCAAGUUCCAUUUUGCGCCAUUCCUCAUGUUUGAUACCGCCGCUUUAUUGUGUUCAGCGAUACUGCACAACAAGGAGGAAAGUCUUCCACGACGCGAGGAAAUUCUCAAGGCAAUUUCAAUGACUCUUAAUGAUCUAAGCCGACUAUCAGAACGGGCAAAGACAGGAAUGAUAUGCUAUAGGAUUCUCAAGAAGCUUGUCGCUUCUCUCCCGACAAAAACAAGAUCUACGGAAUCGGAAACUCCGCAGAGCUCAAUUGAUGCGCCUCCGACCCUCCCCGAUAUGCCAGGCAUUGCAGACCCUAUGCCUUGUUGUCCAACAACCGACUUGUCGAUUUCACAUGACAGCGAGGUCUUUCCCCCUGAACCACUGAAUUUCACCUCGCUGGGCACUCUUGGAGGGCUUGGCGAUCUUUGCAACGUAGAUCUGGGUGAGUUAGGCCAAAUAUGGGACUGGCAGGAUCUUGAUAUCACCGGACCAUUCAUGUAG